CAAGGGUGGGCACCUAUGGGGUGUCCCCCCCGGUGUCACCCCGAUGCCAGGCUGCUUGGUGGACGGGAAGGUGCAAAGAGCCGAUGCUCCUGCUGGAUUUGCACGACGAGCGAGGCAGGAUUCUACCAGCACCCUCACCUGCUUCUAGGAGAGACCUGGCCGGAUUCUGAUCCGGUUUAUCUUGGUCCCAUCCUGGCUCAGCGCCCUGAACCGAGAGGGAGUUCCCUCCGCUCGACACCGGCUGCGAGCUCAGACAUCGGGCUCCACCGCGGACCCCCGGCGUGGCCGCCCAUCCCGUGAGAGCCCCCGAUGCGCAGCCCCCUCCGGCGCCUGCCAGCUGGAUGCCGUCGCCGCCGGAGGCUCAGGAUGCUCCAAGUGCCUCGGUGACCGCUGGGACGGGGAUCAACACCCGCUUGCAGCCGCCUCGCCCCACCGGCGGGCGAGCCGUUUUCUCCUGAGACGAGCCCACCCAGGUGAUCAAAAUAGAGUCCCUCAAGGUGACGGUCGACUUCUUGAAGGUGCCCCUGGGCCUGAAGAAGCCCCCUUUGAAGGAGGCCCUGGCCGCCAUCCCGGGGCCGGGGAGACCCAAGCCCUUCGGUCUGGAGCGGCACAAGUCCCGGCGCUCCGACACCAUGGACAAUGAGUCGCAAUACUCGGGAUAUUCCUACAAAUCCGGGCAUUCCCGCAGCUCCCGCAAGCACCGGGACCGACGGGACCGGCAUCGCUCCAAAAGCCGGGAUGGGAGCCGUGGGGACAAGUCGGUGACCAUCCAAGCGCCGGGAGAACCCUUGUUGGACAACGAGUCGACGCGGGGGGAUGAGAGGGAUGACAACUGGGGUGAGACCACCACGGUGGUGACAGGGACGUCGGAACACAGCAUCUCGCACGAUGACAUCACCCGCAUCACCAAGGACAUGGAGGACAGCGCCCACCUGGACUGCUCCCGGCACCUGGGCGUCAUGCUGGCCGGGGCGCUGGCACUGCUCGCCUUCCUCACCCCCAUCGCCUUCAUGCUCCUGCCCCAACUGCUGUGGCGGGAAGAGCUGGAGCCUUGCGGGACGCCCUGCGAGGGGCUUUUCAUCUCCGUGGCCUUCAAACUCCUCAUCCUGCUGCUGGGCAGCUGGGCUCUCUUCUUCCGUCGCCCCAAAGCCUUCUUCCCUCGUGUCUUCGUCUUCCGAGCGUUGCUCAUGGUGCUCGUCUUCCUCCUCGUCGUCUCCUACUGGCUUUUCUACGGCGUGCGGAUCCUGGAUUCACGGGACCGCAACUACCAGGGGGUGGUCCAGUAUGCUGUCUCGUUGGUGGACGCCCUGCUCUUCGUGCACUACUUGGCCGUGGUGCUGCUGGAGCUGCGUCAGCUCCAGCCCCAGUUCACCCUCAAGGCUGUCCGCUCUGCUGAUGGGGCCAGCCGCUUCUACAACGUUGGCCACCUCAGCAUCCAGCGAGCGGCCGUGUGGAUCCUGGAGAACUAUUACCACGAUUUCCCGGUGUACAACCCUGCCCUCCUCAACCUGCCAAAAUCCGUCCUGUCCAAGAAAAUGUCCGGGUUUAAGGUCUAUUCCCUCGGCGAGGAAAACACAACCAACAAUUCCACCGGGCAGUCGCGGGCUGUCAUCGCGGCGGCGGCGCGGCGGCGAGACAACAGCCACAACGAGUACUACUACGAGGAGGCGGAACACGAACGCAGGGUGCGGAAACGCCGGGCCAGGCUGGUGGUGGCGGUGGAAGAAGCCUUCACCCACAUCAAGCGGCUGCAGGAGGAGGACCAGAAGAACCCACGGGAGAUCAUGGACCCGCGGGAAGCGGCUCAGGCCAUCUUCGCCUCCAUGGCCCGGGCCAUGCAGAAGUACCUCCGCACCACCAAGCAGCAGCCCUACCACACCAUGGAGAGCAUCCUGCAGCACCUCGAGUUCUGCAUCACCCAUGACAUGACGCCCAAGGCGUUCCUUGAGCGGUACCUGACGGCCGGACCCACCAUCCAGUACCACAAGGACCGCUGGCUGGCCAAGCAGUGGACGCUGGUCAGCGAGGAGCCGGUGACCAACGGCCUGAAAGAUGGGGUGGUCUUCGUGCUGAAGCGCCAGGACUUCAGCCUGGUGGUGAGCACCAAGAAGAUCCCUUUCUUCAAGCUUUCGGAGGAGUUCGUGGACCCGAAGUCGCACAAGUUCGUCAUGAGGCUGCAGUCGGAGACCUCCGUGUGAGCUGAAGAGGGAUGGAGAGGGGUUGGAGGAGAGACCCUCUCCGGACCCUCCAUCUCGUCCUCCCCGUCUCCACUGGGGCUCAGGGAGGCCACGGCUUGAGGGCAGAACUGCGAUGGGUGCCGGGAAGCAGCACCCAUUGCCGAGCUCCAUCGCCUACCUGUGACCACUCGCCCUCCGCCUUGGCUUGGCCCCCGUUGGGGUGGGCUGAGCUCCUUCCUCCUCCUCUUCCUUCUCCUCCUCCCUGAAACCCAGGUCCGUGUAGCAUCUUCCCAGAAGGCUCAGCCGGUGGAGGACAGCGGCACGGCCAGGAAGGAGACGGCGCUUUGGUGCCAUAACUCAAGGGCUUAACUCAACGUGUUCUUCACCAGCGUCUUCAAGCAACAUCAGGUCCCAAGGACCUUCUGCGAUUGCCUGUUUUCUACCUGGCCACCGUCCUGGCUCUGGCCUUAAACCACCGUCCGCCCUCCGGGGCUGGUUUUUAAUCCUAGACUUUUUUUAGCGGGGGAGUAUUUUGCAAACACCUCCAUAAUCCGUGGCUGCUAUGGAAACGUCUCCCAGCAUCCGAGACACCGGAACGGUGAUGCUUCUGCUUGUAGGAAUGUCCUCCUUGCCUCUCCGCUGAUGGUUUCUGUGCUCAGCGUUGAACAACAGGGAAAAAUCUGUUUUGAAAGAGAAGCAGAAGGGGUUUUGAAGUGGUUUCGCUGCUCCCGAGGUGGCCCGCGGCCCCGGUCCCAGCGGCAUCUCCGUGGCCUUCCCCGUGCUGGAUGGAGCUGUGACUGGGGUUGCAGGCAGAGCAGCGUAAAACGGCUCUCGGGGUCCAAUCCUGGACCUGGAGCCAACGGGCGGGAAUGAAACGAGGGGUUCCUGGUGAGGGCGAUGAGGGCUCGUGGCUCAAUGACGUCCUUAAUUACUGUCCCGUGGUGGCCGGUGGCCCGUGGUGGUCCUCCAGCAGGUGCUGCCUCGCCGUCAGGGACACAAAACCUUUUGCCUUCCCUUGGGUUUUGUUACGGUCACAAAUACCUCAUGGAUUUAUUUGAAUGAUCUCCUUUUUUCCCCCCCUCUGAAUCCCCUUCUCCGGCCACGCCGCGCCGGGUCGAGGACCUCGGAGGGUCCCACCUGGCUGAGGUGGGGUUGGUUUGGUCGCAGGAGCUGCCAAAUUCCAUCCCGGCGAGGUGGCCGGUUGGCUUUGGCUUUGGUUUAUUUUCUCCUAAGCACUAAAGGGCUUCAAGUUCAGGGUGGGCAAUGAUGCUGCUGGCCACGUGGGCCAUCCCAGUAUAUCCCAGUAGCACCAGUACAAUGCUGGAGGGCUCUGUCCCACACAGGCACCGCGCUGCUCAGGGCUGGAAUUCCCAGUUCCCACGUUUCACCCCCGACUCCACCAAACUGGAGCCCAGUUUGGGGUGUUAUACUGCAAAAAAAAGACUUUAGAGAGCGUGAGUGGUUGCCUUGGCGAGGGAGGGGAGAUUUUUCCACUUGGAAUUUAAGAAUAAACCCUUUUUCAUUCCUUUUUUGGGGGGGUUUUGUUGUCAGUUGGGUUCUUUUUCCGCAGAGCCGAGCCCUUGUGCAUGCGUGUAGAAAAAUUGUAAAGUGUAAAAUUGUUUUUUAAUAUAUAAAAAAAAAAGCUUUGGGGGGGUUUUUGUUUGGUUUUUCCCGUUUGCAGUGGAUCGAAGCAGUACGGCGGCGGUAGGAAGUUUGGUUCGGUUGGGCUUCUGUUUUUCAUAGAGGGACUCAAAUUGUACAAAUUUUUUUUUUUAUAUAUAUAAAAUAAACCCAUUUUGACUUUUUUU